GGCGGGGUUUUGCCCCGGUUUUUCUUAGUAUGACCUAUUUGUGUGAAAAGAAGUGCUUUCCUUAGCCGACCCGCGUGAGACCUGUGUACUGCUGUUGCCUCUCAUCGGUAUUUCCUGGCGCCCUAGGUGGCAAAGGGACCCGAGGGCCCUGGGGUCUGACGUCUUCCAGCUCGGCCUUGAGGAGGGAGUUGUCAGUGAGAGCUCUGGGGACGCAAACCGUGCCUUUGGCCGGCACCGGGACACUACGGGGACCUCGUGGCCCUGAAUAGGCAUCUACUUGUAGAAUGCAGAAGGGAAGAGGAAGAACAAGCCGGAUCAGAAGGCGAAAACUCAUCCGAAGUUCUGAAUCAAGAGGAGUAAAUGAGAGCCAUAAGCCUGAAUUUAUAAAGCUAAAGAAGUGGCUGAAAGACAGAAAUUUUGAAGACACAAAUUUAAUGCCUGCUCGAUUUCCAGGUACAGGCAGAGGGCUGAUGAGCAAGACAUCCCUGCGGGAGGGGCAGAUGAUUAUUUCAUUACCUGGGAGUUGCCUGCUCACCACGGACACGGUGAUUCGAAGCUCUUUAGGGGCGUACAUCAUUAAGUGGAAGCCUCCUCCGUCCCCACUGUUGGCUUUGUGCACCUUUUUGGUUUCAGAAAAGCAUGCUGGCGAUCAGUCUGUCUGGAAGCCUUACCUGGAUAUUUUACCCAAGUCUUACACCUGCCCUGUUUGUUUGGAGCCAGAAGUGGUGAAUCUUCUUCCUGAACCUUUAAAAGCAAAGGCUGAAGAGCAGAGAAUGUCUGUGCAGCAGUUUUUUGCUUCCUCCAGAGACUUUUUUUCUUCCCUGCAGCCUCUGUUUGAAGAGGCCACGGACAGCGUGUUCAGCUACAGUGCCCUCCUGUGGGCCUGGUGCACUGUCAAUACCAGAGCCGUGUACCUUAGGACCCGCAGGCGGGACUGCCUUUCCUUAGAGCCUGACACCUGUGCGCUGGCUCCUUAUCUGGAUCUGCUGAAUCACAGCCCAAAUGUCCAGGUAAAAGCAGCAUUUAAUGAGGAGACUGGCUGUUAUGAAAUUAGAACGGCUUCGGAUUAUAGAAAACAUAAAGAAGUGUUCAUCUGCUAUGGACCUCACGAUAACCACAGGCUGCUCCUGGAAUAUGGCUUUGUUUCCCUCUGCAAUCCUCAUGCUUGUGUUUAUGUCUCAAGAGAAAUACUUGUUAAGUAUCUUCCAUCAACAGAUAAACAGAUGAACAAAAAGAUUUCUAUUUUAAAGGAUCAUGGCUUUCUAGAAAAUUUGACAUUUGGAUGGGAUGGACCCUCUUGGAGAUUACUCACAGCUCUGAAGUUGUUAUGUCUGGAAGCUGAAAAAUUUACUUACUGGACAAAAGUACUUCUUGGAGAAGUAAUUUCAGAUACAAAUGAGAAGACAAGUUUGAACAUAGCACAGAAAAUAUGUUGUUAUCUCAUAGAGGAGACCUCUGCUGUGCUUCAGAAGGUUUCUCACAUGAAGGAUGAAAAGGUGUCUCUUCUGAGCCAGCUCACUUUGGUGGAAACACUGUGGAUGGAAGAGCUGAAGAUUCUCAAGGCCUCUGCUGAGACCCUCACCAGUUUGCAGACCACUCUUAUCUGACUUCCGCUCAAUGCCUUUGGUCACCUCUUAUGGAAGUUUCAGAAAGGCUUCUCAUGGGUUUAGAAUUUGACCGUGAUGGUGACGAUGAUGAUGGUGAAGCCCUGACAAUUUAGGCUCAUUCUGUCACCUCUUUUAAUCCCGGUUAUGAUGCACUGAGCUGAAGGCAUCUGUCUGAUAGGCAUUGUGUCCUUUGCAACAUACCUUGGUAUGUUCAUUGUCCUGCACUUCCUGAGAGAUCACCAUUCAUGCCUGCAGAAAAGCAUCCUGAGGGGAACUUGACAAUCACUGGUUUCUGUAAGUGCAACCUCAAGAUUACAUGGGCAACAAUUCAUUGGGACACUUAACACUAUUGGGGAGUUAACAUUUUUGUCCUUCAUGUAGAAUGGUUAAAAUGAAGGACCAGGGUUUGGGCAGACAUACUUUGUCUUGGUCACUUCCCUGUUCUCUGAGAACCAAUACCAGACACCCAUAACUUAAAGGAGGAGAGGGUUACUUUGGCUCACAAUUUGUAGAGGUUCAGUCCAUAGUCUUGAUUGGCUCCAAGGUGGGAUGGCAUGACAGAGGGACCUGGCCAAGCAGAUCUGCUAAUUGCAUGGUUGCCAGGAAGCAGAGAGUAGUCAAGGGAGGUGCUGAAGAGGAAAAUAGACUCUUCCAGGUCACAACCACAGUGACUGCCACUUCUUGCCUGACCUCUUCUCCUAAUAGCAAGUUAGUUGUAAGUCUCCAUAAUCUCAUCACCUUUUAAAAUCCCCACUUUUGAGUUCAAGUGACUUGGGGGAGACAUCCAGAGGUAAGCCGAAUUGUAAUGACACCAUAUGUGUGUGGGUUAGUCAGGGUUCUCUUGAGAGACAGAACUAAGAGACCUCUGAGACGGCCUCUGAUUCCUGCCCUACUAUACAUGCUCUGGACAUUUGUCUCUCUUUACAAGAGAAUGGGUUCCAGAAGCCCCCUGUGGACACCAAAAUCUGUAGAUGCUCAAAUCCUUUACUUGGAAUGAUGUUGUAUUUGCAUCUAGCCUACACCCUCCUAUAUGUAUAAUUAAAAAUUUAAAUCAUCUCCAAGUAAUAUAUAAUCCCUAAUACAAUGUAAAUGCCACAUAAAUAACUGUAGGAAAUAAUGACAUAAAAUGACAUAAGUGACAUAAGUAGGAAAUAAUGCCAUAAAAAUGUCUUUUCAUAUUCAGUGUAGACACAGAUUUUAGUUUUCAAAUAUUUUUAACCUGUAACGGUUGAUUGGAUCCUUGUAUAAAACGCACGGACAGAGAGAGCCAUUCUUUCUUAAGUGUGGGUGGGACUGUACAUGUAAUAUCACAGAACGACAUAAAUAUGUUUUAUAGAUGGAAAAAAGGUUUCAAGUCACUAGACUUUGAGUCAGUCAAGAGAAAGACGACCCUAAGCAGGCUUGACCUAAUCAGGUGAGCUGUUAAUCAGGACUGAAUCUUUCCUAUCUAUAGUUUUGAAUUUGAGCAUUUGUUGAAGGGAUCAUUUGUCAAAGGGGCUUGAGAGCAGCCUCCAGGAACUGACAUCGCUAGGCUAAUAGGGUACAGGCUAAUAGGUAGCAAGAAAAUGGGAACUUCAGCCAUUCAGCCUCAGGGGAGUGACUCUUGCCGACAACCUGAGGGAUCUGGGAAGCAGAGCUUUCCCUACUUGAGCCUCCAAAUGAAGAUGCACCUGGAUAGCAAGUUGCAUUCAGCCUUGUGAUGCCCUGAGCACAGGGCCCCAUUACUACCAGGUUUGAGGUAAUUUGUUAUGCUGCGAUAGAAAACUCACACAUGUACCAUUUCAAGCAUGGCUCCUUUGUAUUGCAAAAGAGUGUUAAUGAAUGACAGAGAAUUUGUGCAAAGUAAUGUUUGAUAACUCAGAAAUGGCUUAGAACAUGUGCCCUGGCACAUGCCCUUUUUUAUCAUUAAAUUUGACUCAUUUGAUGAGACUCUGGGUAAGGGGCUGGAUUGUGGAGAGCUGGGGAUAUAUUUUAUUUUAUCUUCCUCUAGACAAUUUCCCAUAGGUGGUCAGCUCUAGAGAGGCUGGGAGCCUUUAUUCUGGCCUCAGGACAACUAUAGAAACCUCAGUCAUCCCUGGCUUGUAUGAAUUUUGAGUUCCUUCCAUUUAGUUGACGUGUAUUCCAGGAAAAGGUAUCCAAAUCAAAGAGAUCCAUGGUAUCAGGAGGGAUUUAAAAAAAAACAUGAAUAUAGUGUCUGUUGGAUAUUUUUCCUUUUAUAGUGUAAGUCAUAGUUCUUUCUUGAAACCUGCUACUCAGUGAAACAGCAUGUAGGCAGAUCCAUUUUGGUGGAUAUUUCCAUCUCUCCUACUGCCGAUGUGAACAUAAUACAUAGACACUAGGUGUCAUACCUAGAUCAUGUCCUAUCUGUAUAGUGUUAAACUAUUUUUACAAAAUGAUAGUAUAAAAAAAGAUAAUCAAAGCUGCUGCCCUUUUAUUAAUUUUACUUUAAAAAGAUUUUAGAUUAUAUUAAUGUCAUGGAUUUAUGUGAAUAAUUUUCUUUUCUUUCUUUCUUUGUUUAGUUCUUCUUUUUUUUUUUUUUUUUUUUUUUUUGGUAUGUGUGAGGCUUUGAAGGGAUCAAAGGUAAUUGUGUGUAUUUCCAACUUGCAGACAACAAAAAAAGCAGAAAAGUACCUUUUCUAUUGUUAUUGCAUUGAUAAUGAAAAUGAGAAUCAGAUGGACUUCUGUUUUCAAGUUUAAAAAAUGUCCAGUCAUUUCUGCAAAUGGUUUAAAAGCCUUGAGAUUUUAGGAAUAUGUACUUGCAAUUAUUCUCUUUUAAUAAUUAAUUACUAAUAUGUUUUAAUCACUGAGCACAUUGUUUUGAUCAUUAAGAAUUUACAAUGUAAAGAUUAUUUCAAGGUCAAAUUUCAAAUGUUAAUCGUUUUAACCUAAUGCAUGUAAAUCUCUACUGAAUUCAGUUUAAAAAUAAAAAAGUAAAUCAUUAAUUUGAACUGGCA